AUGCCGAGCGCGCCUCUGAGUGCGGCUGGGACGGGUGAAGUUGGACCGUCUGUUGCCGUUCCAACUCGUGGAGUUGUGCAGCGAAACAUGCAGAAACCAGUGUCUCUUAUUGCCGCGAUGACCCCCAGGAGGGGCAUCGGCGUCAACAACGGCCUGCCAUGGCCCCACUUGGCCACAGAUUUCAAACACUUUUCUCGCGUGACGAAAACGACGGCCGACGAAGUCUCUCGCCUGAACGCAUGGCUUCCGAAAAAAAUUGCCAAGACGGGCGAUUCGGGACUUCCCUCUCCCGCCUUCGGUGUCAACAGAUUCAACGCUGUUGUCAUGGGACGAAAAACCUGGGAGAGCUUGCCGCUAAAAUUUCGUCCCCUCGUGGACCGGCUGAAUAUCGUGGUUUCCUCCUCCCUCAAAGAAGAAGACAUCGCGGCGGAGAAGCCUCUAGUCGAAGGCCAGCAACGCGUGCGAGUCUGCGAUUCACUCCCCGCAGCCCUGCGCCUUGUGGACGAAGAGUACAGAGAGUCUGUUGACCAGAUUUAUGUUGUGGGAGGAGCGGGGCUCUAUGAGGAAGCCCUGUCUCUGGGCGUGGUGUCUCACCUCUACAUCACCCGCGUGGCGCGUGACUUUCCAUGCGACGUUUUCUUUCCCGCUUUCCCCGGAGACUCCAUUCUUUCAAACAAGCAGGCGGCCUCCGCGAGUCAGCCUUCGGCUGCUGCGGAACCGGUGUUUGUUCCGUUUUGCCCCCAGCUCGGGAGAGAGAAGAGCAAUGAAGCGUCGUACCGACCCAUCUUUAUUUCAAAGACCUACUCGGACAACGGAGUGCCCUACGACUUUGUGGUUCUUGAAAAAGGGAGGAAGGCUGACGCUUGCAGCGCCACGGAAUCGUGCGAGCUUCGCGGCCCUUGGACCUCCACCGGAGAGACGUCGCCAGAGACGAGGCUUCCGUCUUCCUCCGCCUCAGCCGUUGCCCAGGUGUUGGCUUGGAUGGCCGACGAAGACCGGAAAAAAUGCGAGAAGAAAGAAAUCAUUCGGGCAGUGCCUCACGUCCACUUUCGGGGCCACGAAGAAUUCCAGUACCUCGACCUCAUUGCCGAUAUUAUCAACAACGGAGCGACAAUGGACGACCGAACGGGCGUUGGAGUCAUCUCCAAGUUCGGCUGUACCAUGCGGUUCUCGCUGGAUAAGGCCUUCCCUCUCCUCACCACAAAGCGUGUGUUCUGGAAAGGAGUCCUCGAGGAGCUGUUGUGGUUCAUCCGCGGUGACACGAACGCGAAUCACCUCUCUGAAAAGGGCGUAAAGGCAAGUCUUCAAGCACCGCUGCUCUCGUUCAGGCUCCUCCGCAGACUUGGCGCUUUCCUUCGCGGCGUCACCCCUCCGAGGCUUCACGCUUACAUUGAGUGUACCCGUUUGUCUUCUAGACCGUCUGCUGCGUUUGCAGGCCCCCGCAUCUGGGACAAGAAUGUGACAAGAGAGUUCCUUGAUUCACGCAAUCUUUCCCACCGAGAGGUCGGAGACAUCGGCCCGGGUUACGGCUUCCAGUGGAGACACUUCGGCGCGACCUACAAGGACAUGCACACGGACUACACUGGUCAGGGCGUAGACCAACUGAAGAAGGUGAUCAACAUGCUGAGAACGAAUCCAACAGACCGGCGCAUGCUCAUGACCGCUUGGAACCCUGCGGCGCUGGACGAAAUGGCGUUGCCGCCUUGCCACUUGCUGUGUCAGUUCUACGUGGAGAACGACAGAGACUUGUCUUGCGUCAUGUAUCAGCGGUCCUGCGACGUUGGCCUCGGGGUGCCGUUCAACAUUGCGUCCUAUUCCCUUCUGACGCUCAUGGUUGCGCACGUCUGCAACCUGAAGCCGAAGGAGUUCAUUCACUUCAUGGGCAACACGCACGUCUACUCGAACCACGUCGAGGCCCUGAAGGAGCAGCUGCGCAGAGAACCGAGACCUUUCCCCAUCGUGAACAUCCUGAACAAGGAACGCAUCCAGGAAAUCGACGACUUCACCGCCGAGGAUUUCGAGGUCGUGGGCUACGUGCCGCAUGGACGAAUCCAGAUGGAGAUGGCUGUUUAG